UGUUUCGCAACUUGUAUGAUGUUACCCACGUUAAAUGGCAGUAUGACACUGCCAUACGAUUAUCACUGGAAUAGGAGAUAGAAUUCAUCGUAGAAUAAAUCAUUACGUCUAGUCCAUGGUCCCUAUAAGGCAGGGUUGGCUCAUAAACCUUUCCGAUGAGUCCAACGACUGCAUCUAGGACGAAAUGCAGUUAUGUUGCUCUUGCGAAUCAAAAGUAUUACCGAAACCAAAUGCGUUUAUUAUCUAAACAUUCUUUGUUUUUUCUUGGUCAUUGGCCGCUGAGAAGAAUGCGUCCGAGGGGUACUCCGUAUCAGCGGUGGACAGAAUUAUUCGAAUCACAUACAACUACCCCUCAGAAGCGUUCUUCUUAGUUGCGAUGCAUGUUUAAGAAAAUUUCAAAAAGUUUUCUCAUAAAAGAGGGUGCAUCCCAGUUCAAAGAGGCGCUUCAUCCUAGGCUGUUGGACUCUUCGGCAAGACUCGAUCCCACAACCAAUUUUCGAUGAUAACGAAAGAACGAAGAAGAAACGGUACCCUCGAAGCCCGGUAUCUUGGCGAACACCGAAAGCUUCGGCGAGGCGGGAUUUUGCGCAAAUGAUUCGGGCAAAACCGCAUCUACAGGAAACGUAACCAGUAGCGGGUGGUGGUGGCGAGGAUGGCGAUGAUGGCGGUGGUAGAGGGACACGACUACUCGAUCGUGACCAUGGUAGUAGCACGGGGUAAAGGAGCGAGCAGGCGAAAAAGUGGAGAAAGGGAAAUAAAUGAGUGAGAUAAAUCGGAGGAGCGAGGGAGACCAGAGAAUACAAAUAGAGAAACGAAGAGGAGACAAUCGUGGUUGUCGAAGACCGAAGGAAGAAGGCGUCCCGUGGAGGAGGACGGAAAGGUAAGACGACGGUGGUGGAGGUAAAGGAGCAAAAGGGGGGCUGUGGAGGUGAGAAGUAGGAGAACCAGCCUCCGCCAGUAUCCACGUGUUCAGUGUAGUAGCGCGUUAUGACCCGGAUGUUAGAUCGUAGCUGUAGUUUCGCGAGAACCUGCCGACCCGGAUAUCUCGCUCGUCGUCUACAAGUGAUCCGCUACUAAUGUCCUCCUGGUCACCGAAAUAUGUUCAAUCGGAUAGAUGCGAGCAAAUCAACGAAAGGUGCCAGCAAACUUCGAAGGGACCUGAUAAAUGCCGAAAUCGCCAACUUACGUGAUUUACUGCCAUUACCGCCCUCAACCCGCCAGAGACUUUCCCAGCUACAGCUUAUGGCCUUGGUUUGCGUAUUUCUUCGGAAAGCCAAUUACUUCCAACAAGCCUUGAAAAACUGUCCAUCGGACUCUACAAAUAUCCCGACUCCUAACAUAGGAUUUUCAAAAGCCAUGUCCGGAUUUAUAAUGAUGAUGACCCAGCAAGGAAAACUAUUGUAUAUAUCAGAAAAUGCAGCAGAAUAUCUCGGACAUUCUAUGGAGGAUUUACUAAUCCAUGGAGACAGUGUCUACGACGUCAUAGACAAACAAGACCAUAUGGUAGUACAAAAUCAGUUGUCUAGAAAUAGUCCAAUUCCAAGCGACAGAAGAUUGUUCCUUUGUCGGAUCAAUGUAUCCAGAAAUUCCCGAAGGCAACUCCGUUUCGGCGAUCAAAAGGUGGUCCUUGUCGAAGGUCAUUUUUUACCUUUUGUUCCUGUUUGCAAUCGAAAUGAGUUUGUUUUCCUUGCUUCGUGUACGCCCGUUGUGUUACCAGAAACUAGAGAAAGUAUUGUGCAGGGCGCAACAAAUAUUUUCACCACAAUUCACUCAAUGGAUAUGAAAUAUCUGCACAUUGAUAAAACGGCCGAAAGCCAUCUAGAAUACAGUCGUAACGAAUUGGUAAACGUGUCGUGGUAUAAUUUAUUACACUGGGAUUCCAUAAGAACAGCAUAUUGUAAGCAUCAAACUGUUAUUCAAUCCGACCAAGAACGAUCCGCGACUGCAUUACUAAGACUGCAAAGUCGUUCUGGACGGUGGUUGUGGGUGCACUGUGUUUUACAAGUUAAGGACACUUCCGAAGAAUGUCAACAUCCUAUCAUUGUGUGUACAAAUCAAGUUUUAAGCGAUAAGGAAGCGGAAGUGAUGCGGUCAAGUUCCUGGCUAUAUCAAUAUUCGUCUCAAACUAAAUUCACUUACACUAUUUGUUCGGGAAACCAGAAUCGCAGUGUGCCAUAUGUUGCUGGGAGCCAAAGUAGUCAGCAGCAGGACUACACCCGGUCGUUAUCUCAUACUCAUAAUAACGAUACUCAGCAUUCCCCUAACAUUCGAAGUUCGGAGCAAGAAUUGCAUUGUUCGUCGAAAGCGCAACUAAAAGAUUACACAACGAGAACCACGCGAGAAGAUGCCGAACCCGUGGACAUGUCGAUAAGCAGUAGCGAUCAUGAAAACAGAAAUGUACACGUGAAUGUACAACACGGCCAUUACGCGCUUGGUCAAUUCACAGAUAGGUACAAAGCACACCACAAGAAUUCAUUGAAUUUGAGUGGUUAUCGUGCAAAAUUCAUUCAAUGCCAUGGUCAAUAUAAUAUGGAUGCCUUGUCGCCCAAAUACUACAUCACAGACUUGGAUAAGGAGUAUUGUUGCAACGAGAGGAGCGCCUCCCAUAAACGGCUUCAGGCUAAGGCAUUACCGGUAGUAACAGUCGCUGGAUCGACAGCUGAUUCUUCUGAUUUGCCUAUGGAACACUGGAACUCCAGUCCUGUGUGGUCAGACACGUUGCAAAGGGUACCGGAUGUUGUCCAUCAGGAACUUAGCCCAUACGUCGCGACUCCAACUACACCGGUUGACACUCCUGACUCUGAAUUACACACAGAAACACCGAUUUUUAACUUCGAUUGGGCGGCUGAGCAACACGUACCAAAUUUGAAAAUUACCUUUCGUAGUUCGAAUCAAGGGCUUAGGAAAGUUCAGGAUGUCCAGCCGAUAACAUUGCAGUUACCACGCAAAAAGGGCCAGUCCAUGAACGACUCUAAAGACUUUCCAAAAUGAGACUGUGCACUUGUUGAGUUGGUGCUUUACGACUAGAUAGGCAAAUAUUUUUUUUUUGUAAUUAAGUAUAAAGAGUUUGGAGGUUCAAGUCUCUGAACAGAAUGGAAGAUACUAGAGACUGAGCUCAGCUAAAGGCUGAUUAAAAGAUAUCGUUAUUGGUAAUGAUAAAUUAUUUAAAGUUUAUCUCUUAAAUUUUAAAGAGGUUUAAUAUAAAAUUGGUGGCAAUUGAUCCAUUAAACCAGUUCCUAAUGCAACAAUAUAAAAAGACUUAGAGUUUGAACGAUAUUGUGCAAUAUUAUAGUUAUUUCUUUACGAGACUAAUUGAAUUAAUGUUAAAUUCGAAAGCUAGUGCAAUGUAAUCGUUUUUAUUUUAAGGAUCAGUUGUUUAAAUUGUUUUUGUUGGAACAAAAGACUAUCAGUAUUAAAUGAAAUUUGUUUCCUGGUAACAGAGAUUUAUAGGUGAGAUGCCAUAAGUUAUUAGUGUAAUAAUUAAUGCAAGGUAGAAGUGACAAGUUUACAAUAUUUGUAGUAAAUAUUGAUCGAAAGAGAACGAGAGUACCUAACUUUUAGUAUUAAAAGAAAUACUUUAAUCUGUUCUUAAAAAUCGUGGUUUAAGAGAAAUUUUUUAAAAAAUCGAGUCAUAGUUUUUUAGAAAUUACUUUCACUUUAAUAUAACACUCAUUAUUGAAGAACACAUCAACAUAACAACGUUAGUUUUUUGAAAAUGUGUUUAAUAAAUAAUAAUCAUGUUCUUUGUAUAAGCUAGCAAAAGUACAGUGACAUUUGUUGAAAAAUAAUGUCCGCUAAUAAAAAUAAGUAUUUAAUUAAAAUCAGAUGA